UUUAAUUAAACCAGUAAUGAGCUAAUCACUAAAUCAACCCAACUUGCUCAUAACAAAUAUUUUUAUCAUCAUCAAAAUAUCGGAUAUUUUGUUUGUUUGCAUAAAGGGCAGUACUAUCGAAUCUUAAUAGUAUACUAUGUUUAUUCUUGCCUGAAUAUCUAGAAAAUUGUCAAAGAUUAAUUACAAUAUUUUCUAAAUUAUUUGAAUGAUUUGCACUGUUACAGAAAAUGGUGACAAACGAGUGGAUUACAUUCCUGGCAACACCUCAAUUCGCCUAGCGGAUUUUCCACUCCAUGAUUCAAGCUGGCGUAGCCGUAAACUUUUGCAAUUGGCAUUGAACAGUGUAUCAUGGAUGGAAAAAUCACAGUAUCUAUUAUUCCCUUCUAUAUAUGAGCUUGAGUCAUUAGCAAUUGAUGCAUUGAGGAAAGAGUUCACAAUACCCAUCUACACUAUUGGCCCUGUCCUACCUAAUUUCCGUGAUCAUGGUAGCAAUAUUAACUCUACAGGCACCAACAACCUUGGGGUUGACCUUGGCUACAUAAAUUGGCUAAACAACCAACCGGCAAACUCGGUGCUUUACGUCUCGCAAGGGAGCUUUCUUUCGACUUCAAGGGACCAAAUUGAUGAGAUUGCAUUUGGCCUGAAGGAAAGUGGCGUUAGUUUCUUGUGGGUGCAGCGCGACGAGGACUCGAAAUUGAAGGAGAUGUGUGGUGACAAGGGGCUAUUGUUGCCAUGGUGUGACCAAAUAAGGGUGUUGUCACACCAUGCUAUUGGUGGGUUUUGGUCCCAUUGUGGGUGGAAUUCCACUAGAGAAGGUAUGUUUUGUGGUGUACCUUUUCUUUCAUUUCCAUUAUUUAUGGACCAACCAUUGAAUUGUAAAUACAUUGUGGAGGACUGGAAGGUUGGGUGGAGGGUGAAAAAUGAUGCUAAAAGUGAAGCUUUGAUAACAAGAAAUGAAAUUGCUGGCCUUAUUCGGAAAUUUAUGGAUUUGGAUAGUGAUGAAGGAAGAGAAAUGAGGAAAAGGGCUAGAGCUCUUCAACAUAUAUGCCAAAAAGCAAUUAUGGAUGGUGGGUCUUCAGAGACUAAUAUUAAUGCUUUUAUGAGGCACGUGUUAUAGUGUGCCAAACUGCCAAUGCAUAUAUGAUGAAAAUUAGCCUACAAUUGCUUUGAACAUAUUUUAGAUAUUAUUGUGAUUGAACUUUUCCUCCAAAAAAACCAAUAAUUAUUUGUCUAAAUUGUUGGGAUAAACAUGAAAUGAAUGCCCAUUUAUCAAUUGGGCAGUUAAUAA